AUGGGGUUUCUUGACCAUCUUCAAUGUUUCACUGCUUUUUCCACACCAAAGGAGAAACUUAGGCCCAAGCAGACAGUUAAUGUGAGGGUGAAAAUGGACUGCGAAGCAUGUGUAAGAAGAGUUACAAAUGCGGUGGAGAACUUGGAAGGAGUGGAAUCAGUGGAUGUAAACCAAAAGCUGCAGAGGGUAACUGUGACUGGUUUUGUAGAUCAAAAGGAGGUUGUUGAAGAAAUUAAAAGCACAGGAAAGGUAGCUGAUGUUUGGCCCUUUGUUCCCUACAAUUUAGUGACUUACCCUUAUGUGAGUGGGGCAUAUGACAUCAAGGCACCAACUGGUUUUGUCAGAAAUGUCCCUCAAGCACUUGGUGACCCUAAGUCUCCAGAGAUGAAGCUUAUGAGACUCUUUGAUGAUGAUAACCCAAAUGGAUGUUCAGUCAUGUAA